AUGCGAGUAUUGAAAGGCCUUUUUACCCAAUUCCUUGGAGCUCGAUUGUCGCCUCGUCAGAUCGAUACCAAUGGAGUUCUCGUCGACGAUCAGUCUGGAGGGAUUCCCCUCCUCUUCUCAUAUCUGGUGACCACACAUCAGAAUGCCUUGAUGGAGUGUGACUACAAUAUGCACAAGUCAAACAGCACCUUCUUCUCGGAUCUGGACAUCAAUCGAGCACAAUUGCUGUUGAAUCUUUUCCCACGCCUGCCACGCUGGGCGCCUACGCCCGAGUCAGCUACCGAGGGUCACGGGAAGGAUGCACAAAAGUCAAAAAAGCGCGAGAAGACCGUUAGUAUCGCGCUUGGUGGCACAUCAUGUAUUUUCAAGCGCGAGAUCAAGCCCUUGCAGCGAUACGAGGUCUGGUCGCGCGUACUGUCCUGGGACGAGAAGUGGCUGGUGAUGGUGAGCUAUUUCGUCAAGGCGGGAACGCACAAAAGUGUGAUGCGAGGCUUGCAAAAGGGGGAGCAGACCAAAGAGGGAUCAGAUGCACAAAAAGCCAUUCUUGCUGUGGCAGUGACUCGAUAUGUGUUUAAAGAUGGACGCCGAACGGCCCCACCCGAGGAGGUUCUCCAAUGCGUGGGUCUGUAUCCAUCCACCCCUGCAAAGACAGACGAGCAGGAUAUUUACGCCAGCUUGAGAAAGCCCGGGUCAGAUGUGCUGGGUUUCUUCGGUUCAUUGGAUUCGCUGCCAUCGCAUUUUAGUGAUGCGACUUCAUCUAUUCUUGGAAGCUUCAGUGAUUUCUAA